AUGUAAUCCACAAGCUGCCCUAAAAUCCAUUUAUAUUUGUAGCCACCCAUUUGUAAUACACACUUUCAGCAGCUAGUCUGUUUAGAUCAAUGGCCAGUUGUGGGUUUCAACAAUCAGCAUUCGCCGGAGAGAGUGGGCUGAGGCCCCGGAAUGAGUUCCUCCGCAAGAUUGGCAGCUUCGGCCCGGCCCGUUUCACCAUGAGACGUACCGUCAAAACUGCUCCCCAAAGCAUUUGGUAUGGGCCGGACCGUCCAAAGUACUUGGGCCCAUUCUCCGAACAAACUCCUUCGUACCUCACCGGCGAGUUCCCCGGCGACUAUGUUUGGGACACGGCUGGGCUCUCGGCCGACCCGGAGACCUUUGCCCGCAACCGUGAGCUGGAGGUGAUCCACUGCCGUUGGGCCAUGCUCGGCGCUCUGGGCUGCAUCUUCCCGGAGAUUCUAUCAAAGAACGGCCUCAAAUUCGGUGAGGCGGUAUGGUUCAAGGCCGGAGCCCAAAUUUUCUCCGAAGGUGGACUGGACUACUUGGGCAACCCGAACCUUAUCCAUGCCCAGAGCAUUCUUGCUAUCUUGGGCGUCCAGGUGGUGCUUAUGGGCUUAGUGGAAGGAUACAGGGUUGGAGGCGGCCCACUUGGAGAGGGCCUGGACAAGGUGUACCCCGGUGGAUCGUUUGACCCACUGGGCCUGGCCGAUGACCCGGAGGCAUUCGCAGAGCUGAAAGUGAAAGAAAUCAAGAAUGGGCGGUUGGCGAUGUUCUCAAUGUUUGGGUUCUUUGUGCAGGCCAUUGUUACUGGUAAGGGCCCAAUAGAAAAUCUUUUCGACCACGUUGCUGACCCAGUUGCUAAUAAUGCGUGGGCCUAUGCCACCAACUUUGUACCCGGCAAGUGAAACCUUGUCCUAAAUGGUAUCUUUCUGUUUGUUUCAAGCUACCUUGCAGAAUUAUUUCAAAAGUCAACUAUAUGUGUUAAGAAUAAAGACUACAGUCGCAUAUAUUUCGUGUUAAUAUCAUUUCUAAAAGUUCUUAUACUGUAUUAAAUCAAAAAACAAUUAUUUUCCUUGAAAAAGAAACAAUGAUUCCAGGUUUUAAAAGAUGAAUAAAUAUCACUUGGUG